GGAGAAAUUCACGGUACGAUGCCGUCCUCCGUCGUAGAGUCGUGGCUCCGUACCAUCUCCUUUUCGCUGUGCGCGACACUGGCCGAAGCCAAAUACCCAUUCUCCUCGGGCCCGAAAGCAAAGCUCGCCGAUGACACCUCCGUCUCUUUCGACCCCCUCGGCGUUGCGGCCGUGCUGAGCAAUCCGCGGGCCGACGCGAGUGCUGCCAAACUCUAUGUACAAUAUGAUAAAGAUACCUUCCACUGGCCUCAUACCAGCAUGAUCGGGGGCACAUUGCCCGCCAUGCAGAUGCUCGUCGAGUACUUCACUUCCGGCUUACCCUCCAAGUCCCUCUCGCCGCCCAUCAAGAUGUGCGCCAAGGCCACCACGAUGAUCCCUGUGCGAUCUAACUCUGUGUUUCGAGAGCUGCCGCUGGAUUUCGGCAACGUUUGGUUGAACCAUUUAAUUGCGUUCAAAUCAGGCGAGCGUAAUCCGGGGAAUGAUUUCAUGGUGAUCUACAUCGACGGCAUCCUGAAGUUGGAUGGUAAACCCGCCGAGAGGACGAAAGACAAUCAAAGGAGAUUGGGGGAGGAUCUGGGGACCGGGUGGUUGGUGGUCGGCCGAUUGAGUCUGUACUUCCUGGAUCUCGUGAACGGAGCCAUGAUCCUGGCGUCAAUGCUCAUCGGCAUCCUCGCCGCCGACGUCUGGGCCUUCACCCUCUUCUUCUUCUACGGCAGUUACUGGAUCUCUUCGGCGCUCAUCACCUUUCUGCCCAUGGUCCAGGUUUUUACGCCCCCGAUCUUUGAAGAGAAAUCACCCCUUUACGCGGUCUACGAGCGGCCCGAGGGCGGCACCGUCAUUUUCAAAGGACGCAAGGAUAACAUGGAAGCAUGGGCCCGGACAACCUGGAAGUACGAGCCCACAUGGGUCCAGACGACGCUGCACUGGUCCUGGAUGAUAACUGGCUCACUAGCUGCGUUUUCCUCUGUCGCCUGCAUGGUCAACAUGCACGGCUAUCUGCAACUAGCCUUUCUAGCUGUGCUGGUGUUCGCGACCGUAGCAGAGAUUGUCGCGACCAAGAUCUCACGCGUGCUACAGAUCAAGGCUAAGGGACCGGUACCAUGCGCUCUGCUGACGAAAAACGACAAACGAACGCAGGGGAUCAUUUCCGCGACAAUCGCCAUUCAAUCGCUAUGCCGGCUCGAAGGGCUUGAUUGGAUGCAGAUGGGGCUGCUCCCCAACAUGCCAGUGUUCAGUCAUAUGCAAGCCACGCUAGCUGAGAUCAACGAGAUUCAACGGGAGGUUGAAGAACCUAAUAUGACAAUUGAGGAGGACGCGCUGCGGGCGAAAAUGGAGAUAUGCUACGGUGAAUAUCGGCAGAAAGUGUGGGAUGAGGUCGGGAAGCUAGGGGAAGAAGCCCAGAAAGACGAAAAUGACAAGGCUGCACGUUGGGAGACGGAUAGGUUGGCUGAGCGUCUGCAGGAAGAGAUGCGUAAUGCUGUGGAGAUAUGGAUUCAGCAUGUCACGGGAAAGGUGACACCCAAUGCACUCGUGAAGCAAUGAUGCAGUAUUUUGAUGGGACUUUGAAUCAAGCCCUUAAUCAGAAUGAGCGUACCGUUUCGGAUAUAUCCCAACACGGGUCAUUGGUAUGUAGGAGGUAUCACGGACAAGCACUGACUGG